AUGAGCUGGAACGAGAGAAUUUAUGGCAGCUCUUUCCAGGGAACUGCAUGGGCCCGCGACAACUGGAUCACGAAUAGCAAAUGGAAUGAAGAACGUGAUUUUAUGAUGCAUAACUGGAAACUGACACAACUGAGAACCCCUCCUCACAAAACCAAUACCGUACGAGAAAAUAGUGUUGCAGUUCUAAUCGCAUUCUCCAAAGGCGAAUGGUACAAUCCGCUCGCUGGACCUAUUGAGUUGCCGCUUUGCACAUGGAGGAACACAACGUGGCAUUAUAACAAGGAUUUGCUGGCAACUCGCCUAGAAAUCGACAAUCGAUUACUGGAAUAUUCACGAACUGUCGACAGGCGGCGAACACUUGCGAUGUCCCGUGUCCAAGAAAUUAGGAAAGGCUGGUUCGAGUCCAAUUCGAAGUUUCCUUUUUGA